AUGCGUUGCUUUGCUCAGCUGCUUCCGUUAGACCGCUACCGUAAUGUAGCGGCUUUGCAAACAAUAUCCGGAGGCCAAUUGAAUGACCAUGAUUACCUGUCAUGGUGUUUUGUUUUUUCAGACAUCGGAUCCAGUAAAGGGUUACAUGGUAAGGUUGUUUCUUAUCCCCUGUUGCUUGAAAUUGCGACUGUUGGCCCCCUGCAUGUUGGCCUCCUGCAUGUUGGCCUCCCGCAUAUUGGCCUCCCGCAUGUUGGCCUCCCGCAUAUUGGCCUCCCGCAUGUUGGCCUCCCGCAUAUUGGCCUCCCGCAUCUUGCGGUGGCAUCUCGCAUAUCAUCUGAACACCCUUGGCAUUCCUGCGACGAGGAGGAGAACUACGGAUCAGUCACUGCACAUAGCAGAAGCUACGAUAUGACUUUUCCAGAGGCCCCGGAAGGAUGCCAGACCAACAAUUAUUCGACAUUGCCCGUCAAACCCGAGAAAGUUGGUCCACCUAGAUUGGAUCCAUACCAAAGACUCAUUGCUAGAUUAUAUGAGCCACUUUUUCUGUUAAGAGUGCUCGGGCAGACGCGCAAAAGACACACACCCGGCCCUACGGACAGCACCGAAGAGGAAUCAUGCCGUCGCAGAUUUUUUAGGAAUCUUUCGUACAUUUGCGACUUCGACAAAGGUGGCUCCUCUUGUACGGCCAUCGGUGUUGAAGAUGCCGAGAAUUCCUACAACUUCUGGGUUGCAUCCAAUACUGUAACCGGCAAUAUAGCUUGUUUCCUCGAAACUACCCUGAACUGCUUGAACAUUGUGGCCAAUAUCCCGUUACAGACACGCCACGCCCACGAAGAGGCAAUUUUGCAGCGCUGCGUCACAUUCGCGGGGCGGCGUAUCAGGAAAGAUGUGAAGUGCUUACAGAGAGCAGCGCAAACUUGUAAAGACAAGUUGCACAAACGUAACACAAUCAUGGAUCGAGAGUUUGCCUCGUGGCUUCAGACUGUUAUUCACGAAGACGACUCUCUCGCAUGUUGUCUUUCCGCUCACGAUGCAGCGAAAUCUCAGUUUAUGGCUACGUUGACGCUGGAAGCACAAUCAGAAGAUCGACAGAGAGGACCGCUUGAUGGGCGUGGGCCCUUCGCUACUGCCAGGCAUUACAUUGGAAGACUGGGAUAUCGCAUCACUGCUCACAAGCAACUCAUCCAAGACGCCUGCAGCCUUGGCUAUUUACUUGGGACAUUUAAUGUCCGCCUUGUCAGCCCUGUUCGCAGCGUCUCACAGCCUCAGCCAGACUCCCACACAUCGUUGAACGGGAUUCUUAGUCGGAUGUUGAAAAAAGGAGAUCCGGAAAGAUCGGAAAUAGAGCGCUCACUCCACAACAUAAAUCGUCAAUCUGAUAUCUUUCGAGGCUUCAUGGAAGAAUUUUCAAAUUGCAAGCCAACGGUUCAUGCUGAGAUUCAAGUCCUAGAACACUUCUUUAACAACAAGUUGAGCUUCGUCGCAAAUGAUAAGUACAUUGCCUGCAGCAAAGCCGCUUGUUUUUGCUGCAAGCUGUACUUUCAACACCACCCUGCUCGAAUGGUAAUUCCUGAAUCUCAUGAAAAAGUGUGGACAAGUUGGGGUCCUCCUGCUGUGACCUUUUCCCGGAAACACAACGACGAGUCGGACCGCCAGCGAGAUAUUUUGAACAAGAUAAUUGAAUCCUUACGAACUGAUGCGAUUUACCAAAUCUUGAAAUGUUCUCAACCUCCUGUUUGGCAUCCAGACUCGCAGACCGCGAUGUCGGACAUCAUCACUUCUUUUCCAAGAGACAGCGACUCAUCGGAAGCAGAAUUGGCAAUCACCCGAGAUUCUAUCGCACCUCUCUCAUCGAUGCCGUCGAAUACCAAGAGGAGUACUAGCGAAGCAACUAGAUGCAGUGAUCUUGUGCUUUUUGAGGAAGACUCAGAUGAUAACGAUGGAGGUGUUCGUAUUGAUGGCCUGUUGUAUUGA